GGUUAAUUUAGGGUUUCAUCAAAUAUACAAAAAGAGAUAUGGGUGAUAGUUCUCCCGCUGCAUACAUUCACAUGGUGCAAUACAUGAUAGAAAAAUGUUUGAUUUUCAACAUGAGCAAAGAGGAAUGCAUGAAAGCUCUUUCUGAGAAUGCAAAUAUCAAUCCCGUCAUCACCUCCACUGUAUGGAAGGAGCUGGUGAAAACGAACAAGGAAUUCUUCGAGACUUACGAGCGGAAGCAUACAAAAAAUGAGUCAAUGUCAGAGGAUGAGACAGACAAGAUGAUCCAGAAGAUCAUCUCUGAUUCACCAGACGACUAAAUGUGAUACUUCUUCAAAACAACUUCUCCAUGAUGGUAUGUAUGUAUUUACAUU